AAAUACAUAGUCAUUUAGGUAGAAUGCUACCUACAUGUAAUGUCGUUCGAACGUUUUUAGAUUAAGGGUGCAGCAACAUGGAGUGGAAAAGUUACGUAUUUUUGGUUUGUAUUUUGGUCAACCAAGUGGCGAGUAAUUGUCCAGAAGUAUGUCAAUGUAACCUGUAUUACGCGAAAUGUGUCCGUUUUGGUUUGAAAACAGUACCGACCGAUUUUCCGGUCGAUAUACAAAUAUUGGAUUUAGGCAUGAAUGCAAUUACAAAUUUAACGCGUAAUUCCUUCUCAGCUACUCCGAAUUUGGAAACAUUGCUUUUGAAUCAUAAUCGGAUAACUACCAUACCAAAUGGAGCAUUUGAACAUUUACCAAAAUUACGAAUAUUGCACCUCCAUCGAAAUAAAAUCAGCACCAUUGAACCGGAGGCGUUUAAUAAUUUGACAAAUUUGCAAGAACUUCAUUUACAUUUUAAUAAUAUUGCCAAACUUGACAAUGAUGUUUUCAAAAAUUCGAUCGCUUUGCAACGGCUGUUCCUUCAUUAUAAUACAUUGACAAAUGUACAAAUGGAUGUAUUCGCCUCGUUGCCAAAUAUUCAGAAUUUGCGUUUGGAUGGAAAUCCAUUGAAUUGCGACUGCGAGGUGUUCUGGUUGGUUGAGCUUUUGCGCGGAAAAAAUGGCGCUCGUGUGAGUGGAACUUGCGAACAGCCUUCUGCUCAUCGAAGCCAAUCUUUAUCAGAGAUCACGAGUACCCAAUUCAAAGAAUGUGUUCAACUGAGAAUCAUUACCCAGCCAAAAGAUGUCGAAAUUCCUGAAAGUGGGCUACCUUCGGUAACGCUGCAGUGUAAAAUCAGAGGAUCUCCAAAACCCAGCUUGUCUUGGGAAAAAGAUGGAAAAAAAAUCCAAUCCACAACUAAUAAAUACGAACUAGUACCAGAUGGUCUCGUCAUAAAAUCAGUCUCUCAAGCAGAUGAAGGAAAAUACCAAUGUAUUGGUUCAAACAAUAAAAAUGACGCUGGAGCUAUUAAAUCUGCAGUUGUGCAAUUAAAGAGCGCGACGAAGAAACAAAAAUUACCUGGAUCAUCUCUUGCGUCCACUCCCAGUAGAAAAGCAAAUGGGACAGUUUCACCGACUUAUGUUACAGUGACGGAAGGAAAAACUGGCCAAAUAAAUUGUACAGUAACCGCCGAUAAAAGCAUCGAUUUAAUUUGGAUAAAAAAUAACGCCACGGUUUCAAAAAAUACCUUCAGUACGAAUGAAGUGAAUGGUGAAACAUUCGUGUCUACUCUAACAUUAAAUGAUAUUCGAUUGGAAGAAGCUGGUACUUAUCAAUGCGUAUCCAAAGAUACACCUGCGACUGUUUUUGGAUCCACUGAAGUGGUAGUUAGAGCGCCUCCUAAAAUCACCAAAAGUUUUAAUAACAUCAUCAUUGAUUCUGGAUCAGUAACUGCUGAGUUGAAAUGCGUCGCUGUUGGUAAUCCUACUCCCGUAGUUUCUUGGUAUAAAGAUAAUAAAGAGAUUGCAUCAAAUACCAAAUUUACACUAAAAGAGAACAAUACGGUUUUAAAAAUCGAAAAAGCCACCAAAGAUGAUUCUGGAACGUAUUCGUGUGUGGCUAAAAACGAACUCGGUUCAGCCGAACAUGAAAACGAAGUGAUUAUUGUAAGAACCGAAGACUCGCGAGCUCCAGUAAUAAUCCAGAAACCAUUCGAUAUGAGUAUUCCUACUUUUUCCAACAUCAGUUUACCGUGCAAAUCUGAUGGUAAACCUCAACCCAAAAUUCAGUGGCUAAAGAAUAACGAACCUAUUAUCGCAGAUGACCUCAAGUUCAGAAUUCAAAGCAAUGGCAGCUUGAAUAUUUACAAUAUGCACGUAGCAGAUUCCGGUGUUUAUAAAUGCAUCGCAUCGAAUUCCCUUGGAAAUGAAACAGCCAGUGGAACGCUCACAGUUUUAUUAGAACCUGGAGUUAACAAUUUAAUCAAUGACGAAUACGUUAAACAAGUGGUGAAAAAUGCAACCUUGGUAGUCGAGAAAGCCGUGAAUGCCACCUUAGAACGAGUGAUAACUAAAGUGAAAGCAGAUGAUAAAUCUCCUCCAUAUCAAAGAAGCAUCUUCAGAUAUCCGGACGAGUAUGCGAGAAAUAUUUCCAAAUGUAGAGAAGUUUUUUCCAUAGCCGUUAAUCUAACUGAAAACUACGUUAGAAAAAGUCUAAACUUGCCAAAAGAAUACGCAUUAAGAGCCGAAGAACUAUUCACCCCCAAUCAGUGGAAAUUGAUCAGGAGCUUAUCCGGUUGCGAAGCUUCCGUAAAAGCUGUAAACUGCUCAGAUACCACGUUCCAUUCGAAAUACGCCACCUUAGAUGGCACUUGUAAUAAUCUGAAAAAUCCGUUAUGGGGUGUUUCGUACACAGCAUUCCAAAGAUUAUUGAAACCAAUCUACUCGAAUGGAAUCGAUUCUCCGGUUGGCUGGAAUAAUGAACUUCUUUACCACGGAUUCGCCAGACCAUCACCUAGACUGAUUUCAACGAGUUUGAUUCGAACUUUCAACGUUACACCUGAUAACCAACUAACCCAUAUGCUGAUGCAAUGGGGUCAAUUCAUGGAUCACGAUUUGGAUCAUGCUCCACCCUCGAUUACUACACAAAGUUUUAGUAGUGGUGUGAAAUGCAGCGAUACGUGCGACUAUGAUGAACCAUGUUUCCCGAUACGAAUUCCCGCCAAUGAUUCUGUUCAUCCGAAGAAACCUUGUUUCGAAUUUAUUAGAAGUACCUCGAUACUUGUGAGCAAUGCUGACGACAACGAACUUCCGGUCAGAGAACAACUGAAUCAGCAGACUGCUUAUAUUGAUGCUAGUAUGGUUUACGGUUUCAAUAAAGAAAGAGCUGAACAGUUACGAGACAAAGAAUCCAACUUGGGUUUAUUAAGAGGAUCAAAACUCGAUAAUUCGAGUUAUUUACCUGUUGCUAAUCUUUCUACGGACGAAGUUGAUUGCAAACUGAAUGUGAACAGGCUUACAAUGGAGGACAAAGGUAACCCUGGAUGCUAUAUCGCUGGCGAUGUUCGAGUCAACGAGAUGGUAGGAUUACUAACCAUGCACACGGUUUGGUUCCGAGAACAUAACAAACUCGCUACUCGAUUGAAGGAAAUUAAUCCUCAUUGGAACAGUGAUCAGUUAUUCUACGAAGCUCGUAAAAUACUCGCCGCAGAAUUGCAACAUAUUACCUAUCAACACUGGCUGCCUCAUGUAAUAGGAACCGAUGGCAUGCAAAAAUUGGGCUCAUACCAAGGCUAUAAUCCAAACACUAAUCCUGGAAUAUUACAUGUUUUUGCUACUGCAGCUCUAAGGAUGGGACACACCAUUAUAUUUCCGGAGCUCAAUCGACUAGAUUCUAACUUUAAGACAAUUCCACAGGGAAAUCUACUUCUCUCAAAAUCAUUCUUCGCCCCUUGGCGUUUAAAAGCAGAAGGUGGUAUAGAUCCUGUAAUGAGAGGCUUGAUGACAAUGCCUGCCAAAAAGAAAUUCCCUACUCAGAAUUUGAACGAACAAAUUAUCGAUCACUUAUUUGAAAAUCGAUCGGGAGGUGCUAUGGAUUUGGCAGCUCUGAACAUUCAACGUUCAAGAGAUCACGGUUUACCGAGUUAUGCCGCGUAUCGUAAAGCUUGCAAUUUAACUGAACCGAGAAAUUUCGACGAACUGAAACAGGAUAUCUCAAGUGAUGAAGUUAGGAAGAAAAUGCAAGACGUAUACGGCCAUCCGGACAAUGUUGAUGUUUGGGUUGGUGGAGUUCUGGAAGAUCAAAGAAAAGGUGCUAUUAUUGGUCCCUUGUUUCAAUGUUUGCUCGCCGAGCAGUUCAAAAGAGUGCGGGAUGGAGAUAGGUUUUGGUACGAGAAUCCAACAACUUUCACACCAGCUCAAUUAUCAGCUAUCAGAAAAAUCACUUUUGCUCGAAUAUUGUGCGAUAUAGGUGACAAUAUUACCAUGGUUAAUGAGGAUGUGUUUACUCAACCUAGUUCGCGAAAUACCACAAAUGUACCUUGCGAUAAAAUACCAAAACUCGAUUUAACUCCUUGGUUGAGUCCUAAGGUUUGAUGAGGAAUGCAGAUCCAGGAACGAUGUACCCAAUUCCAAAUCCAUUACCUUGUGGGGAAGGAAGGAAAAAUUAGCAUUUAUAAUUUUUAUUGCAUUUUUAUGUACUUAUUUCUUAAUUUCUUAUUUCAUUUGUGAAUCAUCCUAAAAUAAUCCAAAAAAUACACGAAAAGUAAAAACUGUU